UUCCCUAGACGAGCCGUUUGAUGAGAGAGAAUAUUUCUCACACAAGUUUAUCUCCUUGGCUCCGGAUUCUCCGACCUCUUCUCCGCCGGGACCCCUUGAACCGGUAGGCGAGUCAGACGAGUACACAGAUAGUUCGUGUGACGAACCCGUCGGAAAGUCUUCGCAGAACAGAACUAAGGACGGUGUCGGUUCAUCUGAUCCAGUACAACGUGCGGAAGCGUCUCAGUCGUUGUUUACUCCCUCCGACUCGGAGAUUGAAGCGCAUGCGUUCUCGGAUUAUAAUGAUGAAUUCACGGACGUACUGUAA